AUGUGGAUGUAUUUAUCGGAGAAUGACAAAUUUAGCGACUUUGGUAAUGAGGAUGCACUCAUCUGGCAUGAAACAAACAUACCAUAUGCAGUCUGGACACCUACCAGUACCAGAACACACACACUGACAUACUAUCCAACGGAGGCUCUCAAGCACAAUGGCUCUUUGUAUGCUCAUGUUUAUUUUUCCCGUUCGGGUUACCCUGUGGACCCUACCGAUCCUGAAUAUGAGCAAAAAUCUGCAUUUGGAAGGACACAUCCUAUUGUGGCAUACUUGCGGAAAUCAAAAGCUGGUCAUAAGAAGAGCUUGCUUGGAGAUUCGGAUGAGUCCGAGGAAAAGCUACCCCCUAAGGAGAACAAAGAGUCCGAAGACAAAGAGGAGGGCCCAGUUGAAUAUAUUUCUUAUUGGAAACCAAAUGUGACAAUAAAUCUUGUUGAUGACUUCACACGUUACUAUCCAACUGUAUUCUUCAAUGAAUUUUGGCUGUUGAGGGACAAAUUGACAGCACUCAACGAGACUGUGAAGGAACUGACCUUGAACCUUGAAGUUAGUCCUAUCAGCAUGACCAAGUGGCAAUUAUUUCUACAGAUUGAGCAGUCUUUCCAAGUUCAUCGUAGUUAUGGAAGUAUGCUUGAAGGCGAGGCUGAUGAGCUCAAGAGGGUUUUCCUUGAAGGAAAUCCAUAUCUACUGGGGUUGACCAUGAUUGUAUCUCUGUUCCACUCUCUGUUCGAUUUCCUGGCUUUCAAGAAUGAUAUCCAGUUCUGGAAUAAAAACAAGUCCAUGGAAGGUCUUUCAGCGAAAUCUGUUGUUCUGAACUUCAUUUGUCAGCUGAUUAUAUUUCUGUACCUGCUUGACAAUGAUACAUCAUGGAUGAUUCUUGCUAGCUCUGGAGUUGGUGUGUGCAUUGAAUUUUGGAAGAUAGGAAAAGCGAUGCAUGUUGAGAUUGACAGAAGUGGAAAGAUACCCAUGUUGAGAUUCCGGGAUCGUGAGUCAUAUGCACAGAAUAAGACUAAGGAGUACGAUGCGCUUGCAAUGAAGUAUCUUACGUAUGUCCUUCUAGUCCUUAUGGCUGGUUUUGCUAUCUAUUCACUCAAGUAUGAUAAACACAAGAGCUGGUACUCGUGGAUACUCUCUUCCCUCACAAGUUGUGUUUACAUGUUUGGUUUCAUUAUGAUGUGCCCACAAUUAUUUAUCAACUACAAGCUGAAGUCCGUCGCUCACAUGCCAUGGAGACAAAUGACCUACAAGUUCCUCAACACUAUAAUUGAUGAUCUGUUUGCAUUUGUGAUUAAGAUGCCGUGGUUGCAUCGUCUCUCGGUUUUCAGAGAUGAUGUUAUCUUCUUGAUAUACCUCUACCAGAGGUGGGUAUACCCAGUUGACAAGAAGCGUGUCAACGAGUUUGGCUUUGGAGGGGAAGACGAACCCGCAGCACCCCAAACUUUGGAAGGAGCAGCGGCUGCCCAACAGAUCGAGGCCAAGGCUGAGACGAGCACGGAGGACAAGAAGACAAAGUGA